GGUGAAACAAAUCCCCUAGUGCCCCACCCCUUUGGAGUGGGUGUGUGGCUGUUGUGUGUGUGGAGUGUGUGAUAUCUUUGAGGAAGAGAAAGGACUGUUCAAGCCGAUGACAAUCGCGCGCUCGCACACUCACACAGGCACAGAGUCAUGGCCCAGCACGGAGGGAGAGCGCUGCUGCUGCUGAAGCUCGUGCGCGAAGCUAGGGCGCACUUGUGGCGCGAGCUCGGGCAGUGCGCGAGACCACUCUCCAGCGCCGCGCCGAGCUCGCGCCUGGCCGGAAAGACGCACGCGGAGCUGCGCGAGCUCUCAGCCCGGGACCCGGAGCACUUCUGGGACUGUGCUGCGCGCGAGAGGAUCACCUGGAGCCGGGGAUUCGAGCGCGUGCAGGACUGCGACCUGGCCAGCGGGAAGAUCGGCUGGUUCCUUGGGGGACAACUGAACGUUUCCGUAAACUGCCUGGACGUACAUGUGGCUAAAGAUCCGAAUAGAGUGGCUCUGAUCUGGGAGAAAGAUGAGCCGGGGAUGGAGGAACGAGUUACGUACAGAGAGCUGCUGGAGAUGACCUGCCGCUUAGCCAACACGCUAAAGAGCCACGGCGUGAGGAGGGGAGACCGCGUGGCCAUCUAUAUGUCCAUCUGUCCCACCGCGGUGGCAGCCAUGUUGGCGUGUGCGAGGAUCGGAGCGGUUCACACUGUAGUGUUCGCUGGAUUCAGCUCAGAAGCCCUGGCAGGCAGGAUUCAAGAUGCUGAGUGUAAGGUGGUGAUCACGUGUAAUCAGGGCGUGCGCGGUGGACGUGUCAUCAAUCUGAAGGCAACGGUGGACGCAGCAGUGAAGACCUGUCCCUCAGUGAAGAGUGUCCUCGUAGCUCAGAGAACCAAUCAGAGCGUGCCGAUGGGGAAGCUGGACACGUCCCUGGAGGAGGCGAUGGCGAGCGAGUCGAGUGUGUGUCCCCCGGAGCCCAUGGACAGUGAGGACAUGCUGUUUCUGCUCUACACAUCAGGCAGCACGGGGAAACCUAAAGGCAUCGUACACACUCAGGCUGGAUACCUGCUGUACACGUCUCUCACACACCAGUACGUAUUUGAUUACUGCCCCGGUGAUGUGUUUGGCUGUGUUGCUGAUGUUGGAUGGAUCACUGGUCACAGUUACGUGGUGUACGGCCCGCUUGCUAACGGAGGAACUACUGUACUGUUUGAGAGCACACCUGUGUAUCCUGAUCCAGGUCGUUACUGGGAGACGGUAGAACGGUUGAGGAUUAAUCAAUUUUACACCGCUCCAACGGCUCUCAGGCUGCUGCUGAAGUACGAGGAGAGCUGGGUGAAGAAAUAUGACCGCUCAUCACUCAGAACCAUCGCCUCAGUUGGCGAACCCAUCAAUCACGAGGCAUGGGAUUGGUUCUACAAUGUGGUGGGGGAAGGACGGUGCCCUCUAGUGGAUACUUGGUGGCAGACAGAGACAGGUGGAGUGUGUAUCGCACCACGGCCUGCCGAUUCCGGCGCUGAAAUCCGCCCUGCCAUGGCCAUGAGGCCUUUCUUUGGCAUUCAGCCCACAUUAAUGGACGAAAAGGGCGAGGUCCUGACAGAAAAUGAUAUUAGCGGCGCUCUGUGUAUCGGCCAACCAUGGCCCGGAAUGGCCAGAAGCAUUUUUGGAGAUCACCAGAGAUUUGUAGAUGCGUACUUUAAACCCUAUCCUGGUUAUUAUUUCACAGGUGAUGGUUCGUAUCGGACAGCAGACGGAUAUUAUCAGAUCACGGGACGGAUGGAUGAUGUAAUCAACAUUAGCGGCCAUCGUCUGGGCACAGCAGAGAUUGAGGAUGCACUGGAUGAGCACCCGGACGUUCCAGAGGCGGCCGUCAUUGGAAUUUCCCAUGACGUUAAAGGAGAAGUCCCGUUUGCGUUUGUGGUUUUGAAGGAUAACACGGGUGAGAGCCAGGAGGCCGUGGUAAAGGAGCUGAGGCUUCUGGUGGCCACCAAGAUCGCCAAAUACGCUGUGCCUGAUCACUUCCUGGUGGUGAAGCGUCUUCCAAAGACUCGCUCUGGGAAGAUCAUGAGGAGAAUCCUGCGGAAGGUGGCCAUGGGGGAGACAGAGAGUCUCGGGGACAUUUCCACACUGGACGACCCAUCUGUAGUGAGCGAGAUCAUCGAAGCUCAUGAGCGCUACAGGAACCAUGUGGUCUGACGUCACAGUGUCCCUUUUUGGUUGGGUGGGUGCUGGUGGGGGGAGGGGGGGGGUUAAUGAGAACAGGAAGUGCCUUUGACAGACAGGAAAUAUAUCAAUAAGUGUAUCAAUCAAUAUAGUCAAUAAAUAUAAACAGAUGAAAGGUAGCUGAUAUGUUUGUAAUAACUUAUUAAUACCUUGUAUUAUACAAUUCAGAACCCACGUUACAGACAGCUCAGCUGAGAUAUGCUACCUCUGUGUGCGGUUUGGGACGCAGCCAAGGUCUCGACACUGAUGCUGCUAAAAUAAGAUUUUAGCAAGAAGAUAAAUUUUUCUUAGAAGAUAAACUUCUUUGUUUCAUCCUCUAAAUAAACUGAGAAAUAGAACCUGUGAAGAAGGGGUAAAGCUACUGUAAUCACUCUAAUAUCAAAAUAUGUAACCACAGUUACAUAUUGAUAUCCACAGUAACGCCCACACCAGUGCGGGUUAUACAUGUAUAACUGCGAUACACUCAGGUGUCGUCAGGUCAAACAUGCUAAUUCUGUAUAAUAAGGUUUGGUCAGAACUGUGAAUAACAUAAUUUGCAUCUUAUAACCCUUUAAUAAAGAUACUUUUUAAACAAUUUAUAGACAUGGAGCUUUUCAAGUGAACUGAUUAAUAUACAAAGUAUAUUUUUGUAAUAAAGUGUUUAUUAAUGUAUUAAACAUAAAAUAGUGAAAUGAACACAGACAGUAAACACUUUAUUAAGCCUCAGAGAGUCACAAAAUGAGAAAGUCAUAGUCAAAGAUGGAAAAGUUGUUGAGGGGAUGAACAUUCAUACACUCUUAUAAGUCUUAGGAGUUGUUAAGACUUAAGAAUUUAUGAGAGAGUUAAUUAGAGAGUCUAAAGGUGUCUAUAUUUCUUAUUAAUUAGAAAUAUACGAUGUCACACUUUACUCCAAGUGUCAUAAUAAAACUCAAACUGAUAAAACUAAUAAUAAAUAAAUAACAGAUUUAUAAUCAUUAUUAUAGUGUAAAUGCUCAGUAAUCAUAUUUCAGCUCUAAAUAUAGAAAUGUGUCCAUGAGGAUUUUUUUUGUUUUGUUUUUAAUCAUUUAUAUUUCUCAGAAGGGAAUUCUGGAGGUGUUUGAGCUCUGACCCCAGCACCCUAAGGUCAAAGGUCAAUAUAAGGAGCAGAGUAAACAACUCGCUGAUUAGCGCCAAUAAUGAGUAAAGACUUUCUUCACCUCUCUAUCUCUUUUUCACUCACUGUACUUGUUAGAAUAAUUCUAUGUUAAUGUUCGAGGUUGUGACCUGUGACGACGUGAAGUGUAUGUAAAACCGGAUACGCGUUUAGAGCUGUUGUGCCUUAUGUACAGUUUGCAUCUGUGUACAGAUUCUUACAAUAAAAUUAAUCUGAUUAAUGA